CAAGACAGUAAAGCGGCCUUCACGAGAGGUGCCAUCGGUGCGUGGCAUCACCCAGCAUUGUCUCGCCCUGUUUCGCUGCUUAACACUUGGUCACUUUGCAAGUAACCAUGUCUCGGUCCUCCUCAACGCACUCCAAAACCAGACAUCUUGACUGAAAACCCCCCUGGACCAUCGCCCUCCGUCAUCCCAUACAAUAAGCAGCCAAGGGCCAUCUGGUUCCCGGUACUCUGGUUCGAGGAGCAACCCAAACGCAUAACAUAGCCGGCUCGACACACGCACCAUAUCUGCGUGCGUUGUGCCAAACCAUCCCCUCGGUGCCAAACCAAAGGACGACGGGGAACCUCAAACAAGCGGAAAUCACCCUUACCUCGACUGUCAUUUCAGCCGCUCCUCCUAGUCUUGGGAUCGGGCGUCGCCUGGCCACCGAGGCAGUUCGCUCGAACAUUCAACAUUACGCGCUGACUGCGCCCGCCCAUUGCAUUGUUCUUGCAUCCUUGGCCCUACUUGUCGCUUUCUUGGUGCCGUACUUUUCCCAUAAGCAGGUCACCUGAUUCGGACGCCUGAGUGCUCUCUGGUGUGUGCAAUGGGAAAUGCCCAUCUCCCAGUUGCAGAGAUCUGCUUCCAAAGCCGGCCACCAACGCGCCUUCGUCACCACUGACCAGACACGCCGGGUCCCUGUCUGUGAUAUGAGCAGAUGUUGCACUGCCUCUGACCGCUACGUUCCGUCUGUUGAGUAAACCACCGCGGACCCGUUCUGUUCCAUCACUGCUAGGGACGAAGAGUUGUUGUCUCUGCGACUUUGCCUGGUUGCACCGUCGUACCCCCCGCCAUCGCGCGCCGUAGAUCACGCUUUCGAUGGACAUUGCAUACGGGUUUCUUUUAUGCUUCCUUCACUCUACGCCCCCGAGGAUCCUUGACUGGCCAGCAGUGGUAUUCUGAAAGCAAGUCAGCCCCAUCAACACAACGUUGGUGAACCACAGACCUUGCUGCGUCCCGGCAUUUGGUGCGUCGCGCAAGCUGUCAACACCCGGCUCUCGGAAGAGCAAGCCAGAGUCCUCUACCUGUCUCACGGACGUCCUCGAAUAGACGUGAAGCUAGGCCGGAGCAGGUCGACCAUAGCAGGUGGGCUCUAAUGGAGUUACCGGCCUGUUCAACUUGGAAGCCCACGUUGCUAUCUUUUUCUCUGCGAACAACGUGCUGCCCAACGUCUGUGGAGCACCCGGUGAACUAGAGACGAAGUGCAAAGUCCGCUUGACGCCAGCACGGGCUGGGGGGUGCCCGCCGAAUCCAACCGAGGUGACUUACCACCACCCGGUCUUUGGGCGUCGUCUGAAGAUGGGACGGCCUAGUUUCAUCCCACCUUCAAAGUGCCUAGUUCAAGAGUUCGUCCACCAUCGCGGGAGGGCAAACUGGUAGGCGCUGUCAGUGCAGGCAGACAGACGCUCGCGAGCCAUUGUUCACCCUUGCGCGUCUAAGGUGAAUUUGACGUCAGGCCAACCACGAUGGGUAAACUGUGAAGGCAGCCUUACCACGACAGUGCCCCGUCGGCAUUCAUGUCGGAAUUCUGAAUCAGACGACGGUCGGUCCCCUCGAAAACAGAUUGCGAAUCGUUUCUCUCGAUGGACAAUGGGAGCCAGUUGUGGCCAAUAGCCGCUGGUGCCGUGUCCGGUUGACGUUCACAUGAGUGCCCAGCUCCUCCGUGUUGUUUUCCCCACUGGGCACGCCGAGUUCUGCAAUCGGCUGUGCCUAUCGGUGGCGAGACAAAAGCGAGGUGAGAUAAGAGAUGCGCCUCUGCCAUGUGAUCGUGACCGCCCAGUCUUGGUCGCUCUUGCCUACAGGGACAGUAAUGCAAAGCCAGGAACGCCAACGGCAACCAGAGAUGUUGGUGAACCAUGGUUGGCUCGAUGCAUUUUGCUACGCCCGCAGGGCCCCGAGGCGGGAUCGAGCCCCCCCCCCUCGUCCCGAACGUUUGGAUAGGCGUCUGCAGCAACAUCGGAAGACCGUCGGCAGGAAGGAUCAGAAUCCUGCCGAAUGCGCGCCACCCGCCAACCAUUAAAGGGGGCUUCACCACCGGGUGCUGACCGCCGCCGGUUACCGAGGAGAACAGAAGGACAGAAGGCGCAGAGCCGAGAACGGCAAGAACGGCAGAGCAGAGGACAUGGACAGAGUUCAAGAUAUGAGCUAGUUUUUCCUGCUAAUGCUGCGUAGAUCUCGGUGGCCUACCGUGCGAGAAGGGCCAAUCACCGUUGGGGCACAAGCCAUUCUGGGCUACAUCCCCUUUUAAGGUUCCAUGGACGGCGGGAAGAUUGUUUGGGCUUUCCAAAGGGGGUUUGUUUUCUCUUCUUUGGCGUCGUCCCCGUCACAAGACAGCCGGCAUCGGACCUUUCGCCGCCUCUCCGUUUCGGCGCGACGAGCUUGUCUGACGGGGCUCCUCACUCGCACUCGGCAGGAGUCGUCAAAGCACGAGUCCGUGACUGGCCAGUGCCUGUCGAGAGUGCUCGCUAUUACGUAUGAUCAACGUCAGCUGUUAAUAUCUAGGGAAAUCCGGGGUGCAGUUUCGUCUGCAAGUUUCAACCCGGACUGGGGCUCUCUCUAUGCACGGUUCAAUACGAGGGGUGUCGGGCAUUUGAAUCACAGCAACCGGUAGCAAGGCGGGA